UCCACUCGAACAACCAAGUAGUUUUCUGGGCACAUUCCCGGCAGCAAUGUGGAGGGAACGAGUCACCGCGACUUUCAGCUGAGCAUUUAAGUUAUCUUUUCAUUUCCGUUUGAUUUUGUUAGACUAGGUUUUUAUUUUUUACAGUCAAACUUCUGGAAGACGCAUUGUUUUGCAUCCUUCUUUUGCGCGCACAUGGAUUUAAGGACGUGAAAUCGGAUGUAUUUCUUGGUUUUGCUUAGCCACUCGUUAUGCUUUGGACUGUAGUUCAUGUUGUCUCAUGGUUUGCUGUUGGGGAGAUUCCUGAGCAGCGCUAAUCGAGGAGAGAGACAGGCGCUCGAAGUGGCCACAAGUUGUCCACAAGCAGCAGCAGCAGGGGGACACAGCGUAACUUCUUGGCCAAGUUUUUUUUUUUUCUUAUUUGCUCAUCCGGUCACCGCGUCUCCAUACGUUUACGCGCAGCCCGUCCAACUUUUCGUGUGGAUUACUCUCAGACAACUCACCAUGGGACUUGGAGACAUUUACAGAGGAUGAACAUGGAGUUUUGAGAACCAUGCCGAGCUUCUUGUAGCAAGUUUUCACCCUCGACUCCACUGGACUACUCUGCCUUAUACUUAGGCGACUUUGCGCGUUUUCAAUCGUACCCAAGUAGAAACUUAUAAAGCCGGUGCAAAAUGCCGCAAUUAAACGGAGGCGGUGGGGAUGAUUUGGGGGCUAAUGAUGAGAUGAUUUCUUUCAAAGAUGAAGGAGAGCAAGAGGAAAAGAUAUCGGAAAACGUCUCAGCGGAAAGGGACUUGGAUGAUGUGAAGUCUUCCCUCGUAAACGAAUCGGAAAACAACAGCAGCUCGUCGGACUCUGAGCAGGCAGAAAGGCGCCCCCGAACACGACCCGACUCUGACGCUUACGAAAGGACGAGGGACUACUUCAGUGAAGCACUAAGACGACAACAAGAUGGUGGCUUUUUCAAGAGUCCACACCACUACCCAGGCUACCCGUUUCUUAUGAUACCAGACCUCACCAACCCUUACCUAUCCAAUGGCUCCCUCUCUCCCGGCGCACGAACAUAUUUGCAGAUGAAAUGGCCUCUUUUAGAUGUCCCUGGAUCUGCAGCCUUAAAAGACUCUCGGUCACCAACUCCUGGACAUUUAUCCAAUAAAGUCCCAGUGGUCCAGCAUGCCCACCACGUCCAUCCUCUGACGCCACUUAUCACCUACAGCAACGAACACUUCUCACCCGGCACACCACCUUCCCACCUCUCACCAGAAAUACUAGACCCCAAAACAGGUAUCCCCCGGACCCCGCACCCAUCGGAGCUCUCCCCGUAUUACCCUCUGUCGCCUGGGGCUGUUGGCUCUAUAGCACACCCGCUAGGAUGGCUCAUGCCACAGCAGGGCCAGCACAUGUACUCCAUCCCUCCGGGAGGGUUUCGUCACCCGUAUCCAGCACUCGCCAUGAAUGCCUCUAUGUCCAGUUUGGUGUCCAGUCGAUUCUCCCCUCACAUGGUGACCCCACCUCCGCACAGUCUGCACCAGACCGGCAUUCCCCAUCCCGCAAUCGUCUCACCCGCCAUAAAACAAGAACCAAGUAGCGACAACAUCAGCCCUUCAAUGCAUGCCAGAAAAUCGCCUGUGCCGCCUAAGAAAGAAGAGGACAAGAAACCACAUAUCAAAAAGCCCCUGAAUGCUUUCAUGCUGUAUAUGAAGGAGAUGAGAGCCAAAGUAGUGGCAGAGUGCACCCUAAAAGAGAGCGCUGCUAUCAACCAGAUCCUUGGACGUCGGUGGCAUUCCCUGUCCAGAGAGGAGCAAGCCAAAUACUAUGAGCUGGCCAGAAAAGAGAGGCAGCUCCACUCUCAGCUUUACCCGGGAUGGUCAGCACGAGAUAACUAUGGAAAGAGGAAAAAGAGGAAGAGAGACAAUAAACCUGAUUCCAAACCAGAAGACUUCUCCAUAAGAAACAAGAAGCAGUGUGUUCAGUACCUGCCAUCGGAGAAGAUGUGCGACAGUCCAGCCUCAUCCCACGGCAGCAUGUUGGACUCUCCUGCCACCCCUUCGGCUGCUCUGGCCUCCCCCGCUGCCCCCGCUGCCACCCACUCAGAGCAGGCCCAACCGCUGUCACUAACCACCAAACCAGAGGGGCGCAUGCAGCAUCACUUCUCUCUCCCGGGGAAGGCGUCGGGCUCCUCCUCGUCCCAACUCGCUCACUCCACUGGUUCUUCAGGUAGCAGCCAGCCCACGACACCCAUCCUCACCAGGCCUAUCCCGUUCACCUCUCUUCCCCACUCCAUGCUCUCUCCCCCCUCUCCCUUCCACCAGGCUGCCCUGCACUCCCAUCAUGCCCUGUUCCAGUCGCAGCCCCUCUCGCUGGUCACUAAACCAACUGAGUAAAUCUGUCCCAUUUAUUGUGUUGUAUAUUGCUUUUCUUUUAAAUAGUUUUAGAACAACUGUUUUUAAUAAUAGAAAAGGAAGGAAUAUUAUUGGUCAAUAUUUGACUGUUUCCUUUUCUACAUCUCUCAAUGAAACAAAUGUAUUUUUUGUAAAGUUUUACUGCAGAACUGGUUUCUUUUUGAUGCAUUUAUCCAAUGACUCUCUUGUAUAAAAUAUCCAAUGUACAUAACAUUUCUUUAUAAAAACAAAAAGGAAGAAAAACAUGUUUUUCUUUUUAGCCAAAACUGAAUUAAUGUUAGUAUUAAGUUGAAGUCCUAGGCCAAUAAUUGCUGCCCUCUUUUUAAUUCAAGUGUGUGCCCCUUCUUUGACAUGUUAAAUAAACAUUUGAAAUUGUUUCUUAAAA